AUGUGUUUCGUUAAAUACCGUGAUUAUCUUCAAUCACCGACUGUUGGUUCUAAAUCCCAAUUGAAUGAUGGUGGUAGAAUUACCUUCGAAAUAAAUUCAUUAUCGAAUUGGUUGCUUCUUUCCGAUGCUUAUUUCAGAUGCGAUUUCAAAAUUAAAGAUGGAACUCAGAAUCAAUUACCACAAACUAAUACAACUUUAGAAAACAAUUUCUUUCCAUCUUUAUUUAGCGAGAUGGUUUUGGAAGCUGGUUCAAAUGCGAUAGAAACAAUCAAACACCCUGGGGAAUUCGACACAAUGUUGAAAACAGUUUUAUAUCCUAAAGAUUUCAAUUCAGUCUCGGGUUGGAUACCCGAUGUUGGUGAUGGAAGUGUUUUAAAAGAACCGGUAAGAAAUGUUGCAAAUGAUGCUGAUUUAGAUAGAGUGAGAGUUGUUGCUCGAAACACAAUAGAAAGAGUAGCACGAGCAGCUAAUCAUGGAUUCGAAAAGCGAGUACUUCAGUACAAUAAUAUUGUUGAGAAUAAUAGGUGGGGUAAUUACGUAAAUUGGAAAUUAUAUCCUUUAUUCGGUCUGUUGGAACACAGAAAGGUUUCCAUAGGGUUACCACAUAAAAUUCAUCUACAAAGAGAAAUCAACGAUGAUAAGAUAUUCUUUGGAGAGAAUGGUUCAGAUGCAAAAUUAGAAAAAACGAAUCUCCAACUUUUCAUACCCGUAAUAACACCAUCAUUUGAAGUAGAAACGAGAAUAUUCAACUCAUUAACUAAAGAUAUUGAAAUAGCUUUUCUUCUUCGUAAUACGUGCCUCCGUCAUUUGGCAAUCCUUACCCUUCAACAGCAAGGCCAACCAGCGUUUACCUUCAAACGCAAAGUCUCUGAGUUGGAUAGUUUUAUCCGUCCAGCAAUGAAAACAUCAGCUGUCGACGCGAAUAUUAGAUCCCUCAAUCGGACAUGGCUCUGUAAGGUUACGCAGGUCCUGAUCGACCAUUACCAAACCACACUUCAAGAGAAGCUGACCACCAUUCGUACCAAGUCUUUAUCAUCACCUGCCGUCGACCGCAUCGUUUCUCAUGCCCUGUCCUGGGCCCGUCGCUCCUAUGGGAAACGUCUCACUCAAGCUGUAAUCUCCAAAUUCUACCAAACAAUCAACGAAACAAAAACCAGAGUAACCAUAUCUCUACCAACUGAAAUGGUCACUACACCUGCACCAUCUAGAGCCACCACUCUGCCGAACCAAACGCCUAAAACGAGCCCGAAGUUCACCUACUCCUAG